GACCUUCAAAAAAGCAAAAAGGACUCUGAUUUAUCUCAGAAGCAUCUGACAUUGAGUUUUUAAGGAAAAUGGAAAGUGUGAGUGAACUUCAGAACCCACUGUUGGCCAAGAACAAUGGACACCUUCAUGGUAGCUGUACUUAUCACCAGGAUUAUCAUGGUCAUCGUUGUCAUGGCAAAUUAUAUUCCUAUAUCUUCCAAAAUUCAGGCAAUGCAAGGACACACCAGUUGUUGGAUGCCAGUUCUCUUCAACUAGCUGUUGAAGCGCUGUAUGGUCCAAAUUUCAUUCUGGUGAAAGAUGAAACCAGUGUCAAAGUCAAGGACAACAAAGGUGACAAUUGUGAAACAACCUUCAUGGAAAACAAAGACCUAUCCACUGAUGUUUCUGAUGAGCAAGAAACACAGGGAAGAUCUCCAAUGGAAAAUGAUAUCAAAAUCCAGACAGUAUCUUAUGAAGUAGAGGAAGAGGAAUUGCAAGAAUAUGAGAGUGACUCUUCAAGUGACAGCGAGAGUGAAGAUAAUUUUCUGAUGCUUCCUCCACGAGACCACCUAGGCUUAGCCAUUUUCUCAAUGCUCUGCUGUUUUUGGCCCCUGGGAAUUGCUGCCUUCUGUUUUUCUCAAGGGACAACUAAGGCUAUCUCCAAGGGGGACUUUCACCAGGCAAGCUCAGCUUCUCGACGAGCACUCUUCCUCGCUGCACUUUCAAUUACCAUCGGCACAGGAGUAUAUGUUGGAGUGAUUGUAACACUGAUUGCUUACCUAUCUAAAGGUGGGCAUGUAUAAUAAAGACUGUUCCAUAAAAUGCCCGUCGUU